AUGACUGGCACCACCAAAGACAGCAGCGCCAAGUUCGCCGAAUCCAUCAGCGACGGCAAGAAGCAGCCUUACCUCCAGCACUGGCCUCCCCGCGCCCCUACCGUCGAUGCGAAGAACUACGGCGUCCCCGAGGGAGAGUCCCUUGUUCUCAACAGCCAGGGAGCCGGUGGUCCUAACCCUGGCCGCAAGGUUGACCGGGUUGACUAG